GCCGCCCGGGGGGCCGCUCCCAGAUCGGUGGAACAGUCGGGGAUGGGCGAUGACUUUUCAGGUUUGGGGGUGGCGGAGGGAAGACGCGUCUCAGGUUUUGGCCUGGGUGCCCGACGCCGAGGGCGGGAGAGGUGCAGCGAUGCCGCGCGGGACCCCGGCUACAAAAGACCCCACAGCUGUAGAGAGAGCAAACUUGUUAAACAUGGCUAAAUUGAGUAUCAAAGGACUCAUUGAAUCUGCUCUAAGCUUUGGCCGCACUUUGGAUUCUGACUAUCCCCCCUUGCAGCAGUUCUUUGUUGUUAUGGAACAUUGUCUGAAACACGGUCUUAAAGUAAGAAAAUCAUUUUUGAGUUAUAACAAAACUAUCUGGGGCCCCUUGGAACUGGUGGAGAAGCUGUACCCAGAAGCAGAGGAAAUAGGAGCCAGUGUCCGGGAUUUGCCUGGUCUCAAGACCCCCCUGGGUCGUGCAAGAGCAUGGCUUCGAUUAGCCCUCAUGCAAAAAAAAAUGGCUGAUUACCUGCGUUGCUUAAUUAUUCAGAGGGAUCUCUUAAGUGAAUUUUAUGAGUAUCAUGCACUAAUGAUGGAAGAAGAAGGAGCAGUAAUUGUUGGGCUGCUGGUUGGCCUGAAUGUGAUAGAUGCUAACCUAUGUGUAAAGGGAGAAGAUUUAGACUCACAAGUUGGAGUGAUUGAUUUUUCCAUGUAUUUAAAGAAUGAAGAAGAUAUUGGAAAUAAAGAAAGGAAUGUUCAGAUUGCUGCCAUAUUAGACCAGAAGAAUUAUGUUGAAGAAUUAAAUAGACAACUGAACAGCACAGUCAGCAGUCUCCAUUCAAGAGUUGACUCAUUAGAAAAGUCAAAUACUAAGCUGAUUGAAGAGUUAGCAAUAGCAAAAAAUAAUAUCAUUAAACUCCAAGAAGAAAAUCAUCAAUUACGAAGUGAAAAUAAAUUGAUUUUAAUGAAAACACAGCAGCACCUGGAGGUUACCAAAGUGGAUGUGGAAACUGAGCUUCAAACAUACAAGCAUUCUCGGCAGGGGCUGGAUGAAAUGUACAACGAAGCCAGAAGGCAGCUUCGAGAUGAAUCUCAGUUAAGACAGGAUGUGGAAAAUGAGCUAGCGGUACAAGUUAGUAUGAAACAUGAAAUUGAACUUGCCAUGAAGCUGUUGGAGAAAGAUAUCCAUGAGAAGCAGGAUACUCUGAUAGGCCUUCGGCAACAACUAGAGGAAGUUAAAGCAAUUAACAUAGAAAUGUAUCAAAAGUUGCAGGGUUCUGAAGAUGGCUUGAAAGAAAAAAAUGAAAUAAUUGUCCGACUAGAAGAAAAAACCAAUAAAAUUACUGCAGCCAUGAGGCAGCUGGAGCAAAGAUUGCAGCAAGCAGAGAAGGCGCAAAUGGAAGCUGAAGAUGAAGACAAGAAAUAUCUGCAAGAGUGUCAGAGUAAAUCCGACAAUCUGCAGAAACAGAUCUCCCAAAAGGAGAAACAGCUGGUGCAGCUGGAAACUGAUUUGAAGAUUGAGAAGGAAUGGAGGCAGACUUUGCAGGAAGAUCUUCAAAAGGAGAAAGAUGCCUUAUCUCAUCUUAGAAAUGAGACCCAACAAAUCAUUAGUCUUAAAAAAGAGUUCCUUAACAUCCAGGAUGAAAAUCAGCAGUUGAAAAAAAUAUAUCAUGAACAGGAGCAAGCUCUUGAAGAACUUGGCAACAAACUUAGCGAAUCAAAACUUAAAAUAGAAGAUAUAAAAGAAGCCAACAAAGCAUUGCAGGGACUGGUUUGGUUGAAGGACAAAGAAGCAACACAUUGUAAACUUUGUGAAAAGGAAUUCUCACUCUCUAAGAGAAAGCACCACUGUAGAAACUGUGGGGAAAUUUUCUGUAAUGCUUGCUCUGACAAUGAACUGCCUUUGCCUUCUUCACCAAAGCCAGUACGGGUUUGUGAUUCCUGUCACGCAUUGCUGAUCCAGAGAUGCUCAUCUAAUUUGCCGUAAGACUCCAGAAUUAAGUCCUUAUGUAUGAAAGUACCUACAAUGAACGGUUAAUGUAUGAACCAUGUACAUGAUGUUAUUUAGACAGCCCUUCUUAAGCAGCUUUCAGACUGUAUUGGUACCAGUUUUAUCUUCCAUGUAUUCAGUUCAUAGGAAUUAGAAGCUGUAGAAUAGCUCAUUGUUAUUCAAAAAGAACUUUCAACAGGGCAUGCUUUAAAAUAACUUAAUUCCUAAUUGAUGUAAUAAUCAUGUAACUUAUAAAGCCACCAGAAAGGCCAGAUAGCAGAGCUAACACACAUUUGCCUUAUUUUGUAAAGGCCUUCUUAAAAACAGGGAUUCAGAUUCUUUUAUUCUGCAUAUUGUCAAGUUGGUAUUUGAUGGUGCCUGUAAUUUUAAUGCACUUUAAAGCUUCACAGUUCUCAGAAAGAUCAGAAAUGCAUUGAACUUUUUACAAGUAUUAAUAUUCCAGUUCAACAGACUUUCAUUAGCUUGCUAAGGUUUCAACCUUAAUUACUUGUGCUUUCUGCCCCACUUCCUUUGCCCAUUUUGCAUUAGAAAAGGCCAAUUAUUUUAUUCUAUAAAAUUUCCUUUUGGUCUUCUUCUAAUCAAUGUAUUUAUUGAUACUUUUCAGAUAUAGUAGGUUAAAGAGGUAUUAUUUUACCUUAACUUUUUCCUUAUUUUGAAAGGAAGUUAAACCAGCCUUUUACAUUAAGUUGUUACUUGCACAACUUUCCAUAUGCUACACCUGACUCGCCAAAUUGCUGACUUUUUUAGGGAGGGCUCACACCUCUUCAAAUUAAAAAGGAAAAAAUCCAUCCCCAGAAAAAAAAUGUUUAUUAAUAGUAAGCGAUUACAGGCUCCUGAUUGAUUCUCCUCUAAGCAUUAAAGGAGAAACCUCAAAUAGUUUGCCUUUGAUAGGAUUUGAGUAAUUAAAAAUUUUAUUCUAUUUCCAUUCCAGUAACUUUUAGGAAGCAUUACAAUGUAGUGACCCACUACUGCAGUUAUGUAUAGAGUGAAGUAUCAGCCCUGCCAUGAAAUACUUGAUCUCUUUCAAGCAUGAAAGACUUAAUAAACACUAAUCCCAUUUUACCAUACUUCUAGCACACCAAGAAUAUGUAAAAUGUUACCCUUGUAUAAUUCUUUGAACUGCAUCACCACUUGGGAGAUCUCCCCCCGCCCCCCCGCUUUGGUAUUAACUUCAGCCAUGCACUUUAAGUCUGUGAACCUUCCAAACAGGUUAGAUAGGAAUCUUUGGUUACUCCCUAGGAGCAUUACAUUUAGUGAAUUAAUCAUGUCCACCCCCCCUCCCACCUAAGAUGGGGUAACUUCUUCUGCAGGAUCCUUUCCUCAGAGUAUAUAUACUUUCACUAGGGUUUAAAAUUAAUUUUCUAAAUUGCCAAAGUAUGAAACCAGUAUUUUGAGAAUUUAUUUUCUCCAUAUCCAGUUAGCUUUUGAGGUCUUCAGUUAGAACUGUACAGAUUUUUAGGUGGUCUUUCUUGAAUGCCAACAGAAAUAUUGUCAAGAGAAUUAUAUUCUUGAACUGUUUUGUAUUGAUGGGAUGAUUAACAUUUUUAUGAUUGUUAAAAAUGAGAAUAAGCAAAUGAAAUUUCAAAUAAUAGAUUUUUUAUUACUGUGCUUA